CAUCCAGCUGUUAGCUGAGCAGACGCCGCUCCGAUCUGUCACCAAAUAGCAAUGAACUAAUCCUGGAAUCUGGGAGUAAAAACCGGAUUUAUUAUGGUGUGUCCGGAGUAGUGACUGAGGUGACCGACAGCAAGGAGUAGACUAGUUUCAGACUUUGCUGUGGUUGCAGUGUUAAAACAAGGUGUGAAUGAGUGACGUGGUGCCCCCCGCAGCUCUCAGUGAAGUCCAACUCCGCUUCCUCUGUCAUGAUGACAUAGACAGUGUCAAGCUGCUCUGUGGGGAUUGGUUUCCAAUCGAGUACCCAGACUCAUGGUAUCAGGACAUCACAUCCAACAAAAAGUUCUUCUCCCUGGCAGCCACCUUCAGAGGAGGCAUUGUGGGAAUGAUUGUGGCUGAGAUCAAAGGCCGGACCAAAGUACACAAAGAGGAUGGAGACAUCUUGGCCUCCAGUUUCCCUGUGGACACACAGGUAGCAUACAUUCUGAGCCUGGGAGUGGUCAAAGAGUUUAGGAAACAAGGCAUAGGCUCCCUGCUGCUGGACAGUCUGAAGGAGCACAUCUCGACCACCGCGCAGGACCACUGUAAGGCCAUCUAUCUACACGUCCUCACCACCAACAACACUGCCAUCCACUUCUAUGAGAACAGGGACUUCAGACAGCACCACUACUUGCCCUAUUACUACUCCAUAAGAGGGGUCCUCAAAGAUGGAUUCACUUAUGUUCUGUACAUUAACGGAGGACAUCCACCAUGGACAAUCUUUGAUUAUAUCCAACACAUUGGGGCCACUCUGGCCAGCCUCAGUCCCUGCUCCCUCCCACAGAGGCUGUACCGACAGGCCCAGUCCCUGCUGCGCUCCUUGCUGCCCUGGUCCAACCUUGCGUCCAAGACAGGCAUCCAGUACAGCCGAACAAUGUGACAAAGAGGACACUUGUGUUUCCAGUCCCAUGAGUCUUCCCCUGUGCACACAGAUGUACACAUGCUCAGUCAAGUACCCUCACUGUGUGUGUCACUGGUUCUACCUGUGGCACUUAGCUGUCUUCAGCCCUUAACCACUCUUCACCACUGUCAGGUUUACUGCCUCAGCUCUGUGCCAGCACCAUACGGGUCUGCAAAUUGAAAAGUUUGGAUCAGAUUUUUUAAAAAAUUUAUUAUUUGUAAUUUUCAACUCAAACUAAUAACAAAAACAUUAUGGCCAGUCUCAGCAGGGAUGCUCACAGAGAUGAUUUUUGAUCAACAAAAACAACUUACUUUGAAAUGUUUGUUGUUGAAUGAUUAAUAGAGGGUAGAAAAAGCUUCAAAGUCAUCUGUCAUCUGGACAUUGAAUCUCUGAAGCCUUUUCUACCGUGGACCACUCUUGGAGGAAUGAGGUAUUACACCAGUUCGAUUAAUACAAGGUUUAUAAACACUUACUGUAUAUUGUAUACAGCUUGCAUGCUGACUUACUGCUUUAACCGCCAGCAGUGGCACAGAGUGGUCAGUAAACCUGCUUCUUCUGCUGACAGCGGUACUGUAACCACAAACACACCUAGCUGUUUUGGUGUAAAUGACUCUGCACUCUGUGUCAUUGAGAAGUAGUCCUUUUUUAUUGUUUGUCCUCUUUACCACUGUUUCACAGACUGUAUGUAUACUGUUUGUAUAUUAUAUAUACUCAUUGCUAAUAUAUGAAUUUUUAUGUAUUUUUGUUCAAUACUGUUGUUAUGCUUAGUAAGAUUUUUAGCCAUCCAUUUCCAGUUCCUUUUUUUCAUUCAGACUGAAAUUUUAAAAUGUUCCUCAUUUGAAAUUACUGAUUUUAAACAGAUUUGUUUAUUUUAGGUGCACAUGUAAAUUAACAAAUCACAAAAACAUGUUAUUAAAUGUAUGUAUGUUUUAGUUUACAAUCACUCAUGAAGUUACAGCUGUUGAUGGCAGACAUGCCUAAAAACAUUAAAGGUGGUAUGGCAAUCAACUAAAGGUUUGCUCCAGACCCCUUGAAGUGUAACUCUCCAAAGCUUUCUUUAUUAUAUUUGGUAUAAACAGCAUGCAUAUCCUGCAAAACGUACAGUAUGUAAAGAACCUAUAUUUUUUUCUUCAAAUACUAAACAUUUAAAUGCAGCUCA